AUGGCUGGCGGUGGAAAAGGAAAAACGGGAGGCAAGACGGGAGGAAAGGGUGACUCGCACGUCAAGACAACCAAGUCGCACUCCGCCAAAGCUGGUCUCCAAUUCCCCUGCGGUCGCAUAAAGCGUCAUCUUCGUACCAUUACGCGCCAAAAGACGCGCAUCGGCGCCAAAGCCAGCAUUUACCUGACCGCCGUUCUCGAGUACCUGACGGCCGAGGUGCUCGAGCUUGCAGGCAACGCGGCAAAGGAUCUCAAGGUCAAACGUAUCACUCCGCGCCAUCUCCAGUUGGCUAUUCGCGGUGACGAGGAACUAGACACGUUGAUCAAGGCGACGAUUGCCUUUGGAGGUGUACUGCCACACAUCAACCGCGCGUUGCUGCUCAAGGUCGAACAGAAGAAGAAGGGUGCCAAACCUGUAGAGGCAUAA